AGCAGGAGAAAAAAGAGAACCUUAACUCACACUCACAUGAUAGAUGACACACAAACAAGAGAAGAAAAAUCCUUUAACGCAUAACAAAUCACAAAACCUCUUCCUUUACACGCAAAUUCCGCCUCCUAGCGCUAUAAAUUCCAUCCAAUUUCACAAACCAAAAUCAAUUCAUAAAAAUUUCCCCUCUGAAAUGGCACCAACCAAAUUCUUGUCCUUCACAUUGCUCAUGAUAUCCUUAUGCACAAGUACAACAAUGUUCUAUGAAGUUAAUGGUCAACAAGCGAUUGAAACAACGUUGGUGUUCUACCUCCAAGACACAGCAACAGGGCCGAACGCAAGCGUUAGCGCAGUGACGGGCCUGAACGGAAGGGACUGGACCUACGACGAAUUCGGAACCAUAUUCGCAAUGGACGACCCCGUGAUGCUGGGCCCAAGCCCGGUCUCGGUUAUGGUGGGCCGGGCCCAGGGCGUGCUGGCAGUGUCGGCCCAGGACGCUGCGAAUGUGAAUGCGGUGAUUUCGAUUGUGUUCACGAGCUUGCAGUACAGCGGAAGCACGUUGGAGAUCCAAGGAGUGAGUCGUCAACGCGAAAGCUAUAAAGAGCUCUCUGUGGUGUCGGGGACUGGCAGGUUUCGCUUUGCCAGAGGCUAUGCUGUGUUUGAGACUGCGUUUUAUGACCCUCAAACUGCACACUCUGUCAUUCGCUUGACUAUAAAUUUGAGAUCACUGUCUUGAGAAAGCUUUCAAAUCUAAUAGUCUCAUUUGGCUAGGGGUUGCUUUUGCUUAUACGUAACCAGUAACCACCAAUAAUCAUUUAUGAAAAUGGGACUUGAAUGCACACUUUA